GGGGGCGCUGUGCACACAGAGAGACAGACCUCCGGGAGUGGGGGAGGGUCUGAGUGCGGAGCUAUGUUGAGGCUGCGAGGAGCUGAGAGGAGUAGGAACAUGGAACCCGCGGACAGAGAGACUAGACGCUUUAGUGAUGCAGGUGACCCAGGCACUGUUAUUGAUCUUAACCCACUCUCGGAAGAAGAAAAAGAAGAACUGAGCAUGGAGAUGGCCAAGCUUGAAGAUGAAAUUUCCACAUUGCGCCAAGUGUUGGUUGCCAAGGAGAAACACCUAGUUGAUAUAAAGCAGAAGAUGGGCAUCACUCCACUGAAUGAAUUCAAACACAAUUUAAGCAAAAGCUGGCAUGAUGUGCAAACUUCCAUGACGUACAAAAAGACACAGGAAACUCUUACUAAUGCAGGACAGAAAGCGACAACAGCUCUAAGUAAUGUAAGCUCUGCCUUUAGCAAGAAGCUAGGAGAGAUGAACUUGUAUUACUUCAACCUACUGGUCCCACAAAGAAGGGCACAAUCCAUUGGAAAUUCUCCUACAUUCAAAUCCUUUGAGGAGCGGGUGGAAACUACAGUCACCAGUCUGAAGUCCAGGGUUGGAGUGCCCGUCCACAGCGGUGGGAGUUUUGAAGAUGUUCUGAAUUCUACUGCUAAUGCCAGUCUCCAACAACCUGCACCAGGAAACCGGCUGAAUGAGGAGUCCAUGAAUCUCAAAUAACUUAACCAGAUUUAGAGAUUCAACAUGAAAACCUUGAUUGAUUUUAUUUAAAAUUUCACUACAUCUACCUACGCCCAGGUAGACUGACAACCUGAAUGCUAAGAGUUGGCAUUAUGGCCUCUCCAAUCCUAAAACCAAAAGAAGAAAGGGCGGAUAGCUGCAUCUUUCUCAUAGCAAAUUAUUUUCCACACUAUGUUCUUUGGUGUAUCUUUUGUGAUGGUGCAUAUUAUUCAGAGCUCCAUUUGCAUCAAAGAAAACUUGUACAGUUUGGCAAUGAUUUACUGCAUUCUUAUGUUUCUGGACCAAAACCAGUUUGUAUUUUUAAAAUGUUUUAAAAGCCACUGUUCUGAGGAUGUAUAACUACUGGCUGUUAAUUAAUUUAAUAUAUUGUAUUGUUUGUGUUUUUGUCUAAAAAUUGUUGCUACACAUCAAUCUAUUUCAUUUAUAUUCACCUUAAACUUUUAAAAACUGCAUGUAAAUACACUACAGAUUAGGAUUAUUUCUUCGAACCCAAUCUAUUUACAACUUGCCUGCAGUGAUGGAAUGCUAUAAAACAAACUCCUUUGCAGUAAAAUUAAAUAAUUGCACUUUUUUUAAAAUGGGCCGAGUGCCAUGAAAGAAUAACCUCUUGGGGCUUUGUUGCACUACCUGACUCUUCCAGUAAGGUGACAUUCCAAGAUGCAGGGGAAAAAGUUCAGAAUGUAUGAUUUCUUUUACCAAAACAUUGGAGAUGUUCUGACAAGUAUAUAUUUAUUAUAAAACAUUUAUGAGGUUUUUUUUNGGAGGGUGUAGUUAUGCACUGCUUUAUAUGCUAGCAAUGUGGCGCAUCUCAGGAUGGGCAGUUUGGAGGUGGGCUUAUUUGGAAGCGAAAGUCUUUGAACGAGCUGUUGGUAAUGACCCUAACUACUUUGUGAAUGAGUCCAUGUUCUGUUUGUCUUUGUGCUUUUCUCUCCUUCGAUUCCUGUUUGUCUCCGUCGUCCCCAUUUCACUGUGGGCUUUAUUUGUAUGUCACUCUUUCUAGUACUCUCUGUAACACUCACUUGUUGCUUUCCACCUGAACAACUUGGAUUUAUAUAGAAUCCUUUAAAUACAGUAAUGUGUCAAGAGCAUGUUAUAGAGUGUGCUGAACACUGAUCGGGAGUGAGCCACUCUCACUUUUCCUCUCCUUGGUCCUCCUUCCCUUUCACUGAGACUCUUUCUGUUUCUCUUACAUCUCUUAGUAUGUAAUUCACUCUUCUCAUGAACAUUCUUUUGUCCUUUCCUUUAUCUAUUACCUCACCCACUCGCACUCUUACACUGUCUCUCGUACAUUCGUCCCUUGUGCUCACUCGGGAUUCUCUGUAUGUGUGCCGGCGUCCAUGGGAACCAUUUUUCGCUCAAACUAGACUUUAUACAUGUGCAAAAGAAGAAUUGGAGUGGCUAGACGUUGAGGUGCUGAAAAUGAAAAUGGCAGGUGCUGUAGUUCUAAAGUUGUAAACCGGAUUGUAAGGUAGGAGCAUGUUAAAGAUGCUUGUGCUUAACUUCAUUUCCUGGGCAGGAAGUAACAUCAAGGUAGGCAUCUUGACCAUCCUUACAACAUGGUCCCUUGAUGUCUGUUCAUAUCUGUGAAAUGUACACCACACAAGGCAGGGCGAAACCUUGGGCAAAUUUCCUUAUUCUACACGCCUAAUAAUA